UGUUUAAUAUUUAUGGGCUCGUUGAUCUUUUCAAAACAUUCCCUACUAUCAAAAAGUGGCGAGAAAUGCUGAACGAAGAUGACAUUUUGACUGGGAUAUUCACGUAAACCGCGGGCGUACGCGCUGUCAGUCACCUACUCAUAAACGUAAACGCACCUUUACGCUUAAACGCCGUUCAAAAUGACGACUAACGGAGCCAACAUCGUCUACGAAUGGCUAAAAACCCUUCAGCUGUGUCAGUAUGUCGAGGCUUUUGUGGAUAAUGGAUACGACGACUUGGAAGUUUGCAAACAAAUCGGAGACCCGGACUUGGAUGCCAUCGGGGUGUUCAUUCCGCACCACCGCCAGCGGAUUCACGACGCGGUGCAAAGGUUAAAAGAUCACGAUAAGGAGACGGCCACUGGGCUUUAUUUCACCCUGGAGCCGAUGCCUCCGGUCUCACCUAUAUACACGAGUCCCAUGGCAGAGCAAUGCGAGCAUAGGCUGCGGGGCUCCAAGUCAUGGACUGAGCAGAGCAGUGAUAGAGCGGCGCGCAGCGUGGGGUACAUGGGUGCGUCCAGGAAUCUGACGCGUGGGAACCGUAAGGAGCUGGAAAUCUACCCCAAACUAAAGCUGAAGAUCAUGAUCAGGGAUAAACUCAUUAGGGACGGGAUAAACCUUGCCAGGCAGCCAUACUCUAAUAAGGAUGGCUCUCUGGGUAAUAUAGAUGACCUGGCACAAGAGUACUCGGAGUACUACAACACAUACUUCAGUGAAGUCAGUGAUCGGAUGGAGGAACUACGCAAGCGGCAAGUCUCUCAAGAGCUAGACAUGGAAAAAGCAGACACCACCUUCAGCACAUCACAGCUAUGCUCAGACGUCCAGGAAUCAUUUGGCAUCGACAGUGAGGUGUCCACUCCAGAGACUGAGAGAAAAAUUCCUCUGCACAAGUCCAGCUCUGAAGAUGGAUCAGGAAAAUGGGACAACAAGAAGAAAAACAAAUCCUUUUGGCAGAACUUUCGAAAGUCACAGAGGCAAACGUCAAAAGGAGAGGACAUUGGCUAUGUGGCCAGUGAGAUAACUAUGAGUGAUGAAGAACGGAUCCAGCUGAUGAUGAUGGUGAAAGAGAAGAUGAUCACAGUGGAGGAGGCGCUGGCACGGUUAAAGGAAUAUGAGAGGAACAGACAGUUGAGCAGCAGUACAGACACAGCAGAGUGGGCUGAAGGAUCCAGUCCCACUGUUAACCUCUCCUCCGUCUGCAAUUCUGUGGAGCAGUCAGAUGAUGAGCAGGAGGACUCUGUGAAAUUCAAGAGGCUUCACAAGCUGGUCAACUCAACUCGACGUGUCCGCAAGAAACUCGUCAAAGUGGAUGACAGCAAAAGACAUGGCUCAGAAGAUUCGCUCAGUCUGGAUGCAGCACCCUUAUGUGAUGACAUAAACGCACUGUAUGCUGAAAUCCACAAGAAGCCGGCCCAGUGCACAGACUCCUCUUUGUCCUCUCUUGCCCAAGAGCAGCUUUCUCUGGAUGGGGACACAGACAGUCUGACCACCUCGCCCUCCACCAGUAGCCUUGAUGCCUGGAAACCUGCUCACAAGUUAGUGAAGACCCCCGGUGCACAUCCCCACGGCCUGAUCCGCCCACCGCGGAAGAGUAGUGCUGGAUCCGGACUGGGUGUAGUGGGGGGUAGUGGCUCCUCUUUGUCCGAAUUGGAGUGUUUGGCAGACGAUAAUGCUAAAGUCUCCCGUUCGGCUACAGAUGGAGAGAUGCGGAAGGCCUUGUCAUCUCUAUCACACGGGGUAAGUACUGACAGCGUCUACGCUUUUUACGGCCUCACUAGGCCCCGCCCAAAGCCACACCCCCUUCUAGUGUCUUUAGAUGACAUUAACAACACCAAACGGCCACCCGUCUCCAUUUGGCAGCGCAAUAAACCUGACCCGAACUAUGCAUACUCCACCAAGCACCUACUCUACCAGCGCUCCUGCAGUGCUCAAAAAAACAUUUCUCCCUCCUCCACCUUGCCCACAUCCCCUCCCACUCGUGAGAUUCCAUUGGCCAGGGUGAAAGGAAAGAGCUGUGUGGGCGGAGUAGUGGGCAGCUGGCUGUUUCCACCGAGGCGUCUGAAGGGAAGGACGGCGGUUAGUGAGCUAAACAUCACAUACGUGGUGGAACGCAGCCUUUACGGUCACUUGAACUGGACGGGGCUGGUUAGGCCCGUAACACUGAGCAAAGCAGACAGGCGUUGGCUCCUGGAAGACGAAAGAGAUGUGAACAGGAAGUGGGCAUCCAGCAUGGAUCGCUGCACCAAGCGUGUGCUCUUACGCAUCCAGCAGAAGUCUAGAACGUGUAGUUUUGGAGGAUUUGACCUGACGAAUCGCUCCCUCCAUGUGGUCAACACAGCCGAGCCUAGUGAGCAGGAGGCUCUGUACAGGGAUGCUGUGAAAUCUCCCACCACGUCCCGUAUCUCUCUAGGGAAGAAAGUCAAGUCUGUCAAAGAGACUAUGAGGAAGCGCAUGUCCAAGAAAUAUGUUGGGUUUCUCUCUGAACAGUCCAGUCCAGAUGGAACACCCAGUUGUCCUCAGUCUCCUCAGCCAGACACAGACUCUCUAGAGAAACCCAAACUCAAGGCAGGAGGGUCUGUAGAGAGUCUGCACAGCUCCCUCAGUGGGCAGAGCUCCAUGAGUGGACAGACUGUGAGCACCACAGAUUCAUCAGCCAGCAACAGAGAGAGUGUGAGGAGUGAGGAUGGUGAUGAUGAAGAGCCUCCAUACAGAGGCCCUUUCUGUGGCAGAGCUAGAGUUCACACCGACUUCACACCGAGUCCAUAUGAUACAGACUCACUCAAACUUAAGAGAGGAGAUGUGAUUGAUAUCAUCAGCAAGCCGCCCAUGGGCACAUGGAUGGGUCUGCUCAAUAACAAGGUGGGCACGUUUAAGUUCAUCUAUGUGGAUGUUCUUGCUGAAGAAGAGGAGAAGCCUAAACGAUCGGUCCGGAGGAGGAGGAAGGGCAGGCCGCCCAAACCCAGCUCAGUCGAGGAGCUUCUGGAGAGAAUCAACCUGAAGGAGCACAUGCCUACGUUCCUGUUUAAUGGGUAUGAAGACCUGGAUACAUUUAAGCUACUAGAGGAAGAAGAUCUGGAUGAACUCAAUAUCAAAGACCCCCAACACCGUGCCGUUCUGAUGACUGCUGUAGAACUACUGCAGGAUUACGACAGUAGCAGUGAUCCCGAGCGCAGCGCCCUCUCUGGCUCUCAGGAGAAACUCCUCUGUGAGGGGCGUGGCCUCUUGGCCGACUCCCCACGGGACUCUGGUUGCUACGAAAGCAAUGAAAACCUAGAGAAUGGUAAGAGCCGCAAGGCGUCGCGCCACAGCCGUGGUUCAUCUGGAUUUGAUUGUGGGGGUGUAAGGUCUCCAGAUUAUCCCACUCUUCCCAUGACUCACUCCACAGAAGUUCUUCAGCAGCAGGCCAAGAAGGAACGCAAGUUCCCGAAGACUUUUCUGCCCCGGCCCAUAAAGGCCUUCAGUCUGCAUAGCCUGGGUCUCAAGAAGGCCUCCAAAGCAGGUCAGACCUCCCGCAUACUGGUCAGCCGAAGCUGUGAGGAGUUAGACUGCCCCCAGGAGACCCCUGAGUCUUGGAAGCGUUCACAUUCUCUGGGGGAUAUACACUGGGAGCAGACCUUCGAUCCAAAGAAGAGUGAGAGUAAGGAUAAAGGCAGGCCAGAGAGUAGCAAAAAGAAAGUAAAAGCCGAUCCUGUAGAAUCAAAAUUGGACCAGAUCAGCAAUAAGGCUAGAAGAGAGAUGAGCUCAAUGCAGAGACCUACGGUUCCCACACAGCUUCCUCUCAACACAGUCAGUCCAUUGCCUGCUACUCAGACCUCACACGGCCAACCAGUUUCUGCCCCAACUAGCCCUGCUCCACGGACUCACCCUAAAAAGCCACCCGUCCCACCUCCUGUGCCUGCUAAAAAGUCCAAAGAACGUCUGCCGAAUGGUCUGCGCCACCCUCCACUAGUGCUGUCGGGUUCAGUGCCAAAUACACCAACUCUACCCCCAAAGCCCAUAUUCACCCCAACCACUCCCUCCGAGAUUUCCCAAUCAACGCCAUUAUCACCAAGUGAAUCUCCAGAAGCCCUGAGUCCACCCUGGCUGUCUGACCUACCUGAAUCAGCAUGUCCUCAGAUCCACGGAGCUAAAGUUGCCCUCAGCAGGAAGAUCUCCCAUGCCAAAAUGACCGACCUGGAGACUCUGCUGGAGGACCGGAUGUACUUGGAAGGCAUUGACCUAACCGAAGAGCCAUACUCUGAUAAACACGGCCGCUGUGGUAUUCCUCAGCUCUUAGUACAGAGGUACUCAGAGGACUUUCAGCAGCCAGUGAAGGAUGUGGCGUCCAGUCUGGAUCAGAUCAGAGUUAAACAACUCCGCAAGGACCACCGCAUGGCUAUUCCCUCGGGAGGCUUGACUGACAUGUGUCGAAAGCCAGUGUCUCCUGUUCACAUGAGAUCUGUGUCUGAUUGGCUCGUGUCAAUUGGAAUGCCCAUGUAUUCUGCCCCUCUAUUGGCUGCAGGCUUUGACACCCUGGAUCAUGUGUCAUCCUUAAACGAGGCAAAAGUGAGGGAAGCGGGCUUGAAGCAGGACUAUCACAUACGUAUUCUUCUCAUUGAAGCCCAGCUAGUCACAGCCAGCAGCUCAGGACAGUCAUAAUACUAACACGAGCUGUUAUGAACUUGACUAAAUGGAUCAGACUUUGCUGGUGAAGGGACAGACCUGGAGAACAGCCGCCAAAUUUUCUCCCACCUUUCUGUUUUAUAAUCUCAGCCUUUUGGCAAUUUCAGAAAUGACUGAUCUGGCUUCCAAGGACAGU